AUGGUUUCAAAAGGGCAAGCAGUUGUUGAGGAGCGGCCAAUCGAUGCGAAGCGUCCUCUGAGAGUCAUUUGUGUAGGGGCAGGUAUCUCGGGGAUCAUUACCGCAAUCCGAUUUCCUCAGCGAAUUCCCAAUCUGGACCUCCAAAUCUACGAAAAGAAUACAGACAUCACGGGGACGUGGUUCGAGAACAAGUACCCAGGUUGUGCGUGCGACAUCCCAGCUCACACCUACCAACUUACAUUUGAGCCAAACCUGGAAUGGCCGCAGUUCUACGCGAAGGGUGAGGAUAUUUACAAAUACUGGAAGAAGGUCGCCGACAAAUAUAAUUGCAACAAGUACAUAAAGCUGCAACACCAGGUCGUGGAGGCUAGGUGGUUAUCUGAGGUAUCCAAAUGGCAAGUGAUGGUGAAAAAUAUUGCGUCUGGCACUGUAUUCGAGGAUUAUUGCGAUGUAUUUCUAUCUGCCAGCGGAGUUUUGAAUGACUGGAAGUGGCCGUCCAUACCAGGUCUUCAGAAGUUCAAAGGUAAGCUGCUGCACAGUGCCAGUUGGGAUCAGAGUUACGAUUAUUCGGGAAAGCGGGUAGCGGUCGUUGGUUCUGGAUCAAGUGCCAUCCAAAUUGUGCCUUCCAUGCAGCCGAUUGUCGAGCAUAUGGACCAUUAUGUUCGGGGGAAAGCGUGGAUAUCGACUACUUUCGCCGCAGAAAAGGUAAACGAACGUGGGGCCGGUCUUGAUAAUUUUUCCUUCACGGAAGAGGACAUUGAAAGCUUCACACAGUCCCCCUCAACAUACCAGAAAUUCCGCAAGGACAUUGAACUUGAGUUGCAAUCCGGACACGCCGUAACCCUACGCGACUCGAGCGCGCAAGUCCAAGCCCUAGCAGACUUUACGGAGAAAAUGAGGGCUCGACUUUCGAAAAAGCCAACUGUCAUUGACCAAAUAAUGCCUAAUUUCCCACCCGUCUGCAGACGUCUGACACCUGGACCUGGAUACCUAGAAGCAUUGGUUCAACCGAAUGUUGAUGUGAUCUCCGCUCCAAUCCAAGAAGUUACUGAAACCGGAAUUGUCACAAGCGAUGGUUCGGUAAGAGAGGUUGAUAGCAUUGUUUGUGCGACUGGGUUUGAUACUAGUUUCAGCCCCAGAUAUCCAAUAUAUGGGGUUAACGGUGUCAAACUGUCUGAUAAAUGGAGCGUAGUUCCAGAAACAUACUUGUCGGUGGCUGCAGCUGGUUUCCCAAACUAUUUCAUGUACUUGGGACCUAACAGUGCACUGGGAACAGGGAAUUUACUGGUCCUAAUCGAGAGGAUGGCAGAUUAUUUCACCGAUGUCGUGGCGAAGAUGCAACGCGACGAUAUUUCAGCUAUCACAGUGAAAGAGGAGAGUGUCAGAAACUUUGUACAGCACUGUGAUAAGUAUUUCGAGAGAACAGUCUUCACGAUGAAUUGUCGAAGUUGGUACAAAGGUGGAACUGAGGAUGGGAGAGUUUCUGCUCUAUGGCCAGGCUCCUCACUUCAUGCCAUGGAAACCUUGGCACAUCCAAGGUGGGAGGAUUACGAGUACAUCCAUCGAAACGGGAAUCCAUUUGGCUGGUUUGGAAACGGGUGGACAGAGAAUGAGAUCAACCAAAACAUCAAUGUCGAUUAUCUGAACGAGGAGAAUAUCGAUUAUCCUCUGGUUAGGAAGGCGAUUAUCAAUGGGGAUCAGAACGUGAACGGUCAUGCUUUGGAGAGUGAUGCUCUAUGGUUAAAUGGGAAGUUGUGA